UCGAGGUCAGAGGUCACUCAGCUGGAAACAUGGCGGCCGCCAGGAAAGCUAAUGUGGUUCUGAAGGCGGUGAAGAAAAUAACAGUCCAGUUUUGUCCCUUUGAAGGCGGUGUUCGCUCCACACGGGAGUUUCUGGCCAAGGUGGCCUCGGAGAAGGCCCGGGCCACCAACAUGAACUGUGAGGUGAAGGCCCUGGUGAAACACGACGGCUCUGAACCCGUAGUGGAUAUAACUUAUGUGGAUGGAGAGAAGCUGCUGAUGAAGGGAGCGAAGCUGACCAGCAGCGAGAUGCUCAGCGCGUUUCAGUCCCGGUGCACCGCCAAGGCAGCACAGGCCAAACCUGCAAAGAAAUGACCACAUGUUCCUCAUUCUGUGAAUAAAUUUGUAUUUAUCUGUGUAUAUUCUUGGAUACGUAACAUAUUAAAAUAUCUUGAAUUCA